UUAAGAUUAUAAAUUGUAUGGAGAUGUCAUAUCAUCAUAUGUCACUGUACCCAUCGUGUUUGAAAAAAAAAUCGGUUCCCUAGUGUGGCUCUAGCGAAAGGCUCUUUUUAUUCUAAAAACUGAUGAGAAAAUCAUAUUUUAUCAACAAGAGUGGCAAAGUAAUUUGAUGCAAAUUUGAGUUGUUUCCUCAUGGUGGCUGGUGGAAUUGACUUUUAACUAUUUACUACCGCGGCUUAUCGCCUUUACGAGAAUUACUCAACUCUGAAUUUUAAACAUGCCAGACGGGAGGCAAAACUUGCUAAAAUCAAUGAAAAAAGUACCAACGUGAUUAGAGGUGACAUAUGUGGGUGCCAGGUGGCUCGGAACUUGCUUUUAGCACAUAUAUUGGGCCUACGGGCGUAGUGGCAGUUUGGAGCUAGGUGGCGUCAGACUUGCCAAAUUUGGCACAUAAAUUGGCAUAUUGGUAACACUAAUAGUACAGAGUAAAGUGCAUACGAUGCAAGGCAAGCCAGUUAUUUUGGUCUUGUGUGUGUUUUCCGUAAGUGCGGAUAUUGGGACCACCGUGGGGACCACCGUGCCGACCACGCCUGACGUCGACGCGAAGUGGCUCGAAGACUUCCGUCGAGCUCUACUCCGCGGCAGCCACGACUACGGGCCCGCGGCCGCCGUCCCGAGCAGCACAACCAGUUCAGCUAAAAGCAAACAGAAUGCUUCCGAGGACGCGGUCGCGUCGCGUGAGCUCGGCAUCUCUCGGCGGGAUCUGCGAGGACCGAAGCCUGGAGACUCGUUUAAUGAUGCUGAGCUAGAUGGCCCGGAUGCGCCCCGAAGAGCUUUUCUAGAUAGUUUGUAUGAGUUGGAAGAUCAACUCAAACCCGUGUAUGUCCAGUCCAAACCUAAUAGCAUUGAUCCUUUGAAGGAAAGCAGAAAAAGAUGGAACGAACAGAUCUCUGAAGAAAAAAUAUCACAAUAUAUUGAAGAAAAUGGAAUAAAACGGUACAAGGUGCACAUGGACCCUAAAGAGAGGUUUCGAAAUAAAUUUGUUGGUGUCAUUCCUAGGCUGGCCGAAGAAUGGGACAUUAGAAAACCUCAAAAAGAAACACAUGUAGGCGCUUCAGAGGGUAAAUAUAAACAACAUAAUAAUGAACGAAUUGAAGACAUGUAUCGAUAUGUAGAUAAAAUACCGUAUGACCAGGGUAAGUACGAAAACCAGAGAAACGAUAGACUUUCAAGAAAUGAGGAAGAAAAUAGGCCGAUUAAGUACGGUGACGUUCUUGACGGUACGCAGUUCAGACCUAAAAGUGUGCAAGGUGUUAACAUCGAACAAUCACAGCAGUACAGUUCUAGCAGUUCUGAUGAAAGUGCUAGUUCGGAAACUCAAGAACGAGAUGUCUCGGAGUAUAAGCAGGAGAGUCUCCGCUCGCGAUACGUGGAGGACGGGAGGAGGAACGCAGGAGCGGGAUACGGUGAGCGCUUUGCAGCGAGGCGGGAUAAGGAGCUGCUGGCGGAUAGGAUGGCCUCGUCGACCACACCUUGCAGAUGCCGGUCAGAACACUCUCCCGUGCUUUAGAUCUGAUGAAUUGAGAAGUUGAUUUUGUAUGUGUACUUAUUGUUUUUACAGAAUUUUAUUUUAGUUGAUAUGUAUGUUAGAUUAGGACAAAUCUUGGAACUUCCUGAUAUUCGAUAAUAAAUAAGGCUUACUUAAUAUUAUUA